CGCUUUCUGUCAGCUGGAGCCGGAGAAGAGACCAGUUCACAAGCGCGCUCCUGACGCGAGGACCCCUCAGCAUUUCCACAAGAGAAUUUCUUCAGCUUUUUUUCUUAACUCCAAUUAUUUCAUCGACAAUUUCAAGAAGAGAUGAGCUUUUGUGCUCUACGCAUCCGAUGCAUUCCCUCAGAAUGGUGAAGUUAGUUUGAGGAACUUUCUUUUGGCACCGCCGGGGAGCUUUUUACGCGCUAGAGUCUCCAGAACACCUCCGCAUGUCAUUCUUCUAUCAACUCCGCUUUUUUUAAUCAUUAUUUUUUUAUAUUUAAUGCAAAACAUGUUUUCCUACGAGAUGUUCAUCUGCGUCCUGGCCUUCGCAUGUCUCCUGGAGAUCCCGCGGGGCACCGGAGCCGCGUCCUGCGAGCCCAUCCGCAUCCCCAUGUGCAAAUCCAUGCCCUGGAACAUGACCAAGAUGCCCAACCACCUCCAUCACAGCACGCAAGCCAACGCCGUCCUGGCCAUCGAGCAGUUUGAAGGGCUCCUGGGCACUCAGUGCAGCGCGGAUCUGCUGUUCUUCUUGUGCGCCAUGUACGCGCCCAUCUGCACCAUCGACUUCCAGCACGACCCGAUCAAGCCUUGCAAGUCCGUGUGCGAGCGGGCCAAGUGCGGCUGCGAGCCGGUCAUGAAGAGGUACAACCAUACGUGGCCGGAGAGUCUGGCCUGCGAGGAGCUGCCGGUGUACGACCGAGGGGUCUGCAUCUCACCUGAGGCCAUAGUCAAAGCGGAGGGGCCAGAUAAUUCUUACUACCAAGACCCUGCGAAAUGUAACCCUGAGGGAAACCCAGACUUCCCAAUGGAUUCACACAAUACUAACUGCAAAGGAGCAAAUGAUCGGUGCAAAUGCAAGUCUGUGAAAUUUAAUCAAAAGACAUAUUCAAAGAAUAAUUACAAUUAUGUGAUUCGUGCAAGAGUGAAGGAGAUCAGGAUUAGAAAUCAUGACCUGAGCGCCAUUGUGGAGGUCAAAGAAGUUCUGAAGUCAUCUCUGGUCAACAUCCCUCGAGACACGGUCACUCUGUACUAUAACUCCGGCUGUCUGUGUCCUCCGCUCACAGCCAACGACGAGUACAUCAUCAUGGGUUAUGAAAAUGAGGAGCGCUCCAGGCUGCUGCUCAUCGACAGAUCCAUUGCACAGAAGUGGAAAGAGAAAAUAGGCCGGAAAGUAAAGCGCUGGGACCAGGCUGCAAACGGGAGGAGGACCAAAUGGAACCACCACUAAACUGUCCUUGGAAAUAAACCACACAGACAAGCCUGAAGAGCAGAAGGAGCAGAAACUGAAAAAUUGCACUAUUGUACUUUGUUUUGUUUUUUCAUUUUGUGUGUGUGUGUGUGUCGCUUUAAUUUUUAUUGUUGUUAUAUUCUCAUUAACAAAUUGUUGCCUUUGCACAAACAAAAUGUUGGCUUGACAUUGCUGUGUUAGGAAUGGGUGGCGAGCAGUGUUGGGUAAGGUUACUUUUAAGAGUAAUACAUUACAGUCUUGAGUCACUUUUUUUCUAAUAUCUAAAAAUGUUAUUUAGGGGGGAAGGUAAUGUAAAAGUAUGUAUUAUGUUAUUUUUGCUUGUUUAUAUCGAGAUUAAGAAAUGAAUGGUCAAAUGGUCAGUUCACCCAAAAUAAAUGAUUUUUAAGUAGCUAAAUGUGUUACUUUUUAAAGAAUGUAAUGUAAAAGUACACUGUACACUUACAUUUUUAAGCUGAAUCAAAUAAACCUUUUAAGUCCAUAAUACUUAUAUUGUUAAACUAACUUAAAACAGCUUGCAUAACCUAUGACCUAAAACAUGCUGUCAGGGCUAAUUGAUCAUAUUAUUUUUUACUGUGUAUGAAUUGUUAUUGUUAUUUUUAAAGAAUAAGAUAGGCUCAAAGGAUCAGUUUACCAAAAAAAAAAAAGAUUUUUAAUUAACUAAAUGUGUUCCUUUUUAAGAAUGUAAUGUAAAAGUACACAGUAAAAAAUAGACGCAACUUAAAAUUUUAAGGCAACAAACCUCAGGACAUUUUUGAGCUAACUUGACUUAAAUCAAGUCAAGUGCAGUAAUUGGUUUGAAAGUUAAGUCAUCUCAAAAAUUUCCUAAAUUUUUAAUUUGAGUGUAUUGUUAUUGUUAUUUUUAAAGAUUAAGACAGAUUUAAAGGGUCGGUUCACCUAUCCCUUUAAGAUUGUAAUAUAUCCCUUUUAAAAGUAACUUUACUCAACACUGGUGGUGAAUGUCGGGCAGCAUUUUUUGCCCAUUAAAUUUAAAGGUAUUUGAGGUGCUGGUGUCAUUUUGUCCUACCUUGUCAGAUUGUCCUACCUCCCAUUUAAAAAGUAGGUAGCACAUUUUGAUGAUGCAGUAUGCAACCAAUCAGAUUUUGCUACCAGUAUCAAUUUUUUAAAGUGGAGUAGUGUGAUAUGAAGCUGUAAUAUCGACCUAACCUAUGCACCUAAUAACCCCAAUCUCAGAACCAUUCAGAUACAGUGUUCAAUAGCAUAAUCUGAUGGGUAGGAUAAAAUGUCAGGACACUAGUUCACAUUGACAUGAUGCAGCUCUCUGCUUACAACAGCAAACAAACGCGCUCUCAUGCU